AUGUCUUAUCAACCCGAAUUGGAUAAGUUUAUUAAAAAAGUGAAAUUAGAUAAUCCAAAUGAUUUCUUUCAAUAUGGCGCUCAAUAUUUUCAAAACAAGUUGCAAACUCAGCGUGAGUAUUUGAAAAAUAUUGAGAGCAAAGCUUUGGAACAUGGUUUGAUUUUAUUUCCAUCGAAUAUAACGCACGAUAUAAAAAAUGACGAUAUAAAUGAUGGUAAAAAUGAAAAUGGUGCAAACAUUAGUAAUGAUGAUGUUUUAUUUAAGUCGCCAUUUGUUGAUUCUGAUCCUCAUACUGCCCACCAUAUAAUUGAACAAGAUAAUAACAGCAAUAAUGUCGAAGACUCUACUAAUAAGGGAAAACUUGCUGAUUUUAGUCUUGCCCAUGAUGAUCCUCAUAAUACCAAAGGCAACAGUGAUGUCAAGGAUAAAAAUGACAAAAACAGCAAUGGUGGUAUAUUUAAAGGUGGGUUUACUGUGGGUUCAGAAUCAAAUAAAAAGAAGGAGAGUCCUUUAGAUCCAAUGGCACCAAUACCAUCAUUAUCGAAUUCUUCAACGAAAAAUACCAAACCAGAUGCUAGACCCAGACGGUCUAUCGUGAAUCCAAAGCCGUUGCCAUUCAACUUUAAUGCACAAAGAAGAACAUCUGUUAGUGGAGAAACAUUAAAGCCAGACACUUUUUAUCUAAAUGACGACGAGCUAUUAUCGGCCAACAAGAAAUCCAAAAAGAGUGAAGAACAGCUAAAGAGAUUAUCAAAGGCUAUUGGAGAUAAUUUCUUGUUUAAAAAAUUAGAUUCCGACAGUAAAAAGUUAGUUAUUAACUCUUUACAGGAAAAGUUUAUUGGCCAAGGUGAAGAAAUUAUUAAACAAGGUGACGAAGGUGAUUAUUUCUACAUAGUAGAAAAUGGUACUGUUGAAUUUUUUGUUAACAAUGAAAAGGUUAAUACUAGUGGACCAGGUUCAAGUUUUGGUGAAUUAGCUUUGAUGUAUAAUUCGCCAAGAGCAGCUACAGUGAUUGCAAAAACUGAUUGUAUAUUAUGGAGUUUGGAUAGACUAACUUUUAGAAAGAUUUUGUUGGGUGGCAGCUUCAAAAAGAGAGUUCUAUAUGAUGAGUUUUUAAAAUCAGUACCAAUCUUGAAGUCCUUGACUACCUAUGACCGUGCCAAAUUGGCAGAUGCCUUGGAUACAGCAUAUUAUAAGAGUGGCGACGUGAUAAUCAAGGAAGGAGACGUUGGUGAAAAUUUUUAUUUUAUCGAGCGUGGAGCUGCAGAUGUUUUGAAAAAGGGACAUACUGAGCCUAUUGCUCAUUUAAAAGCUGGUGAUUAUUUUGGUGAAGUUGCUUUAUUAAACGACCUACCCCGCCAAGCUACCAUUAAAGCCACUGAAGCAACAAAAGUUGCCACAUUGGGGAAGAGUGGAUUUCAAAGGUUACUAGGUCCAUGUGUAGAAGUUUUGAAACUAAAUGAUCCAACGCGUAGGUAA